AUGCAGCCACCGUUGCCGUCGUUGACCACGACCUGGCAUAACAAGUCAUAUCCCGCCAUCUCCCCUUCACGCCCAGAACUCAGUGCAGCGGGGAAGACCAUAAUCAUUACCGGUGCCGGCAGUGGGAUUGGUCGCGCAACAGCCUUGUCGUUUGCUCGUGCCGGCGCAAGCAACAUUGUCCUCGUUGGUCGCACUAAAGCGACCUUACAGGAGACUCAAGACUUACUUCCAUGUAGUAGCUCCGUUCAUGUAGCGAGCGUCACUGAUGAAAAGUCUAUUUCGGACAUCGCUGCGGCGGUGGGGGCGUGGGAUGUUCUAGUUCUGGCAGCGGGUUACCUCUCUAAACCCAUGUCGAUCCAAGAGUCCACCACUGAAGAAUGGUGGCAGAGCUUUGAGACCAACAUCAAGGGCACCAUGAUCACCUCCAAGGCGUUCCUUCCUGCAGCCAAUCCGUCCCACGCCGCGAUCAUCGCAUUGAGCGCCGGCAUUGUCCUUCCCCCGACCAUGCUGAAGGGUCUGUCUGCGUAUACCACGUCAAAGCUCGCCCUGAUCAAAGUGAUAGAAUACCUUGCGGUGGAGAACCCGUCACUCUUUGCCGCGGCACUUCACCCGGGGAUGCUUGAAACAACAAUGUUCAAGAAAACCGGGGCGGAUCCCACUAGUCUGCCGCUAGAUGUCUUGGAGCUCCCUGGAGACUUCAUGGUGUGGCUGACGAGCAAAGAAGCAUCAUUCUUGAACGGCCGUUACGUCUGGGCUAAUUGGGAUGUGGAUGAACUAAAGGCAAAGGCUGAAGAAAUUCAAGCAGGAUUACUCUUAACAUCGGGAGUUUACGGGUGGCCCUUCGCCUAUUUUGUUUGGUUUGUCAUGUUUGUUACUAAAUUUCGCCUUUGA